CCCUACGCCAGCGCCCGCGCGACUGCGGCCCUUCCAGCUGAGCGAAAGAGUGCUCCGUUAAACGCGAGUGCUUCGCCGAAGUUACACGUACUGCCCGCCGCAGGAGAUUGAACGGUGUCGGCGUCCGACCGAUUGCCUCCGGAACAAUCCUUCACAGCUCACCCCGUUCCAUCCGCCAAGCUGUCGCUCCUACAGCCCGUCGAGCUCAUCAACGGGCUCCCCGAGAUCAUGGAAGUCGUUGAGGAGAUAGAGGAGGUCGAGUAUGAGGGCUUGGAUCCCAACGCCGGUCUCGCCGUCAACAUGAUGGCGGGUGCUCUGGCCGGCAUCACAGAGCAUGCUGUGAUGUUCCCGGUGGACAGCAUAAAAACCCGAAUGCAAGUCUUUGCGACAUCGCCAUCGGCGGUGUACACUGGCGUCGGGAAUGCCUUCACGCGGAUAUCGUCUACGGAAGGAAUGAGGGCACUAUGGCGGGGAGUGUCUUCAGUGAUCAUGGGUGCGGGACCGGCACAUGCGGUCCAUUUUGGUGCAUACGAAGCUAUAAAGGAGCUGGCGGGAGGCAAUGAAAAGGGAAACCGGAACCAGUGGCUGGCGACGUCAUUAGCAGGCGCGUCUGCAACAAUAGCAAGCGACGCGUUGAUGAACCCCUUUGAUGUGAUAAAACAGCGCAUGCAGGUGCACCAAUCCGAAUUCCGCUCCGCCAUAACCUGUGCGCGGACGGUGUACAGCACCGAGGGGCUCUCCGCAUUCUACGUCUCGUAUCCGACGACGCUCACAAUGACCGUACCGUUCACCGCGGUACAGUUCACAGUCUAUGAGCAGCUCAAGAAGCUGCUCAACCCAUCCGGCACGUAUUCGCCCGUGACGCACAUCGCUUCAGGCGGCCUCUCUGGCGCCGUUGCAGGCGCAGUAACUACACCGCUCGACGUCGCAAAGACGCUUCUUCAGACGCGCGGCACGUCGAUGGACCCCGAGAUACGAAGUUCGCGGGGGAUGAUGGAUGCAUUCAGGAUUAUCUGGGCAAGGGAUGGAUGGAAGGGGUUCAUGAGGGGGUUGACACCGCGGGUAUUGACUUUCAUGCCGAGCAAUGCGCUGUGCUGGUUAUCAUACGAGUUCUUCAAGGCCGCAAUACGAGAGGAUUGACACAGUAUACUAUAUUAUUAAUAUCAGCGUUUCAUGACGGGG